AUGUCGGUCAUCUCAACUCCCAUUACCGAAUUGUUCGGAAUAAAGCACCCGAUCUUACUUGCAGGAAUGAACGUUGCCGCUGGACCUGAACUUGCAGCUGCCGUAUCGAACGCAGGUGGUUUAGGUGUCAUUGGCGGUUUAGGGUAUACACCUAAACAUCUUCGAGGUAUCAUCAAAGAGUUGAAAUCUUCGCUCUCCAGUCCUGAUCUACCAUUCGGAGUCGAUCUUUUGAUUCCUUCUACUGCACCAACUGCCAGAAAAACGAAUUACGAUUAUACUAAAGGGAAAUUAGAUGAAUUGAUCGAUGUGAUCAUCGAAGAAAAAGCGAAAUUGUUCGUAUGCGCAGUUGGUGUACCACCAAAAGAUGUUGUUGAAAGACUUCAUAAAGCGAAUAUAAUAGUAAUGAACAUGGUCGGAGCUCCGAAACAUGUCAAUAAAGCUUUAGAUGUCGGAGUGGAUCUUAUCUGUGCUCAAGGUGGCGAAGGAGGUGGACACACUGGGUCAACAGCAACUUCCAUUCUUAUACCUGCGUGUGUUGAUUUAUGUAGAGGUAAAACAUCUCCUUUAACCGGUCAGCCAGUUCACGUAAUCGCAGCUGGAGGGAUAUACGACGGACGAGGAUUAGCUGCUAGUUUGAUGUUUGGUGCUCAAGGCGUUUGGGUUGGAACUAGAUUCGUAGCCAGUACAGAAGCUGCUGCACCAAAGUAUCACAAAGAAUUAAUCCUAAGUGCCGAUCAUGGUGAUACCGGAACUACCUUGAUAUACACUGGUAGACCAUUAAGAGUUAGACAAACCGAUUAUGUCAAAUCUUGGAAGGAUAGACAGGAAGAAGUUCUCACUUUGACGAAACAGGGUAAACUUCCUCAUGAUUUGGAAAUGGAGAAAAAUCCUGAAAAAUCCGUUCAAGCCAGAUCUUGGUUGAUGGGCGAUGUAAGCGCUCUUAUCAAGGAUGUCAAACCUGCUAAACAAAUUAUCGAAGAGAUGGUCACGGAAGCGAAGGAACAGAUCGAGCGAGGUCAUAGUUUCGUUCGAGGUGAGAAAGGGGUGCGAGCCAAGUUGUAA